AUGAUAGCACUUAAGAGACGUGAUGUAGCUGAGAUUACUUCUACUACGCAAACAGUGUCUAUUGUUAGCUCAAUUUUAUCUAGUUUAGCAGCCGCCGUAGUCGUGUCCGCCUUUGUCUCCGCAAUGAUCGUCUGUGCCAAACAAGGUGCCAUUGAUGACAAGCUAUAUCUUAACUUGCCAGUCACUUGCAUAGUCGCUGCCAUUAUGACCAUUGGUCUCGCAGUCGGAUUCUUCUUCCACACCCGCAUGUCUCUACUUGACUCCCACGAGAAGAGUAAAGAGUUUAAAACCGUAGUCUUGGCCAGUGUUAGCAUUGCCGCUAUUCUGGCUCUAAUAUUGACCUUCUUAUUCACUUACCUCCAACUCAACUUCAUUAUUAGUCCAAAUGCUGUCUACAUCCUCAAGGAGGCUCUUCUUCUAGGUACUAUAGUUUUAGCAAUGGGCGCAACAGUCUGGAACGCCAUUAACCUCAAAGGUCGUCAAGGUCUGACCCAAGCCGUACUGAUCAGAUUUACUUCUAUCGUUAUUUUAUCUAUCCUAGUUGCACUUAUCAUGGCCUACGUCUAUUAUGAAAAGGGUAUUUACACCCGAGCAUUUAAUGCCAAGCUGAACGCCGAUCUUGCUAAUCAAGCCACCGAUUUAAUUAUCUGGGGAGCUGGUACUAUCUUAAAAGAGGCCGAGAGUAUUACCGCCGCACUUAAAAAAGGUAUCAAGUCUUAA